AUGCCUCGUAGGCAAAUGACCAUAGCGGCGUUACGUAGCCACUUCAAGGCUCAGAAGGCCGCCCGUCAUGCCUACCAUUUGGACGUCAAUACAUCUAAAGACGUGCUUUGGCCGAAGGCCAAGCUAACUCUUUCUACAGGAGGGCGUGCGUUAGACACCGGAUGCUCUCUCGAGCGAGAGGGUGCCAGACAGUCGGAACCGCUGUGA